CUAUUACUUUACUAAUCUAUUCGUCCAUCUAUCCAUCUAUCUAUCCAUCUAGAUAUAGACAGGCGAGCGAGUAGUAUAGUAUAGUAUAGUGUAGUAUAGUGUAGUAUAGUAUAGUGCAGCGUAUAUAGUAGAAUAGAUGUCGUGCCAGCCAGCCAGCCAGUCUCUCCGUUUCAAGAGCGGUGGGUACAAGUAAUUAUAGGUGUAACGAGCAUAUGUAUAUAUAUAUAUAUAUAUGUGUGUGUGUGUGUGCAUGGCAAUUGAAACGCAGCGCAGGGCAGGGCAGGGCAGCCUGUCUGUUUGAUCUUACCAUCCCAUCCAUCCAUGAAACACGUCCAGUUUCGCUGGAUUCGGCAGCUUCACGUAUCAACAGGGUGCAAGAUUAUACAUGGCAAUUCCCAUGUUUCAGGACUCUGCUAGUAAUGAGUUACGAUAUCGAGCGUGAUGUCAAGACAAUUAUUCGUACACAGGGCACGACGUUCACGCAAGAGUGUGGUGCAUCAAAAAGACAUUUUGGUCUAUGUACCAAGCACGCACGCGCGCAUCCAAGGCGGCGGCGGCGGCGGCGGCGGCGCGGGUGGGAUGCCCGGUUUUAUCCCAACACACAGGCCCAUCGUACAGUCCCGCACUUGCUCAUCCCAUCCCAUCCCAAGCAACGUGAAAUGUCCCACCCGUAACCCAAAAAAACAAUCCACAAGCGAUCGGCACACGAAUCGUGUGCUCGCGCAACUCUCUAAUAAUACAAGGGGUAUGUGCGGGUUGACCCGGCCCUGGCACGCCAGCCAGGCCGUCGCAAAAUGAGGGUCUAUAAGGUCAAGCAUAUGGCAAAACCAGGAGCCCCAAAUCGUCC